AGUGUGGCUGGAAAUGGUGGGCUGAUGUCAAUAAUAGUCCUCGCAUGGCUUUUGGUCCGCGAUGGCAGUAAACACGAAUUUCCUCACCCCAGAUCUAACCUUGGACCACUACGAUGACUGGCUUAAAGGAAACCUUUCCAAAUCCAAGACACAGAUUAAAACCGUUGUCAAGAGUAAAACCUGUGGCAAAGCUUUAGAUCGGAAAUCUUUAACGCCAGUUGAAAGUCCUCCUUCGAUGGUUCCACCACAUCAAAGUUAUUCCGCAGAGGAGAAGACUAAUUAUGUUUUGGAGUACCAAGCUGCCGAACAACAGAGGCUGACCGAGCAGUCACAGAUGUGUGGCGAUGUGAAUGUUUCCGCAAACGAAGCUUCUUUGAACCAGCUGGAGGAAGACUCUGGCCUCACAGAGAUCUCCAGCAACAUCAAAGAAAACUUAAGGCUGAACACAGACGUCUACGAAGGAUUCACAUUCAGUCAUUCUUCCACAGUUCUACCGAUUGAAGAACACAAGAGUCAGAUUAUAAACACUGUUGAAAGUAAUCAGGUGACUGUGAUCCAGGGUCCGACCGGCUCUGGGAAAACCACACAAGUUCCUCAGUUCAUUCUGGACCAUUAUGCAUCCAAGAACCAGUAUUGUAACAUUGUUGUCACUCAACCGAGAAGGAUCGCUGCCAUCAGCAUUGCCAAAAGAAUUUGUCAAGAAAGACGAUGGAAGUUAGGGACAUUUUGUGGAUAUCAGGUUGGAAUGGACCGAGAAGUCUCUCCGAACACGCGGCUGACCUACAUGACCACUGGAGUCCUUCUGCAGAAACUUAUUAAUAAGAAGGACGUUAAUGAUUAUACACACGUCAUCCUUGACGAGAUCCAUGAACGAGAUCAAGAGACAGACUUCUGCAUCCUCAUAGUGCGGAAAUUCCUUCGUUCCGUUUCCAGAGGAAUUCGAGUAAUUCUGAUGUCUGCCACUUUGGAUUCAGAAAUGUUUGCCAAUUACUUUGCCCUUCCAGUCCGCAACACCUUGGACCCUGCCCCAAUAAUCACAAUUGACGGCAGUUUCUUUAGCGUGUCUGAAUACUACGUUGAGGAUUUGGUUCCAUUGGGAACUAUAUCACAACUUGAUCCCGACAACCCACACAUUACCACUGAGUCUCAGCAAUUAGCUGUCAACUUAAUUCAACACUUUGACACAUUUGAAACCAAGGAACAAGGAAAUGAUCCUCAUUCUGGACAGCAGCCUAUUUGUGGAAGUGUCCUGGUUUUCUUGCCAGGGUUGGCUGACAUUGACAAGCUCUAUGACAAGCUAAGAACUCUGCCAGGUCAACACAGGUUGGUCGUUAUACCCUUACAUUCUUCAGUAACGAUCGAAGAACAAAGUAAAGUGUUUCAGCCAACAUCUCCUGGAUAUCGUAAGGUUAUCCUGUCUACGAAUAUUGCUGAAAGUUCCAUCACAGUGCCUGACAUUAAAUAUGUUAUCGAUUUCUGUUUGACCAAGAAUUUGAUGUGUGAUACUCAGACAAAUUUCACCAGUUUACAAAUGGAUUGGGCAUCAAAAGCCAACUGUAUUCAACGAAAAGGCCGGGCAGGUCGUGUGUCCAAUGGUCGUGUGUAUCGUCUCAUCACACGGUCGUUUUGGCACAACCAUAUUCCAGAUUACAACACACCAGAAAUGCAAAGAUGUCCUCUUGACUUGUUGGUGUUACGAACUAAAAUCCUCGACUUGGGUGAGCCUAAGGCCAUUCUAGCCCUUGCACUUGCUCCCCCAAACCUCGAUGAUAUUGAAAGGACCAUCCUAGAGUUAAAAGAGAUUGGUGCUCUUGCUUUAACGCUGAAUGGUGUCCCGAACCGGUAUGAUGCUGACCUGACUUACAUGGGCCGAGUUAUCGCUUCCCUACCAACCGACAUACGAAUUGGAAAACUGCUUGUUUGGGGUCACGUUUUUGGUUUCCUCAAAGAAUGUUUAAUUCUUGCUGCAGCCUUGUCCUUAAAAAGUGUGAUAUCUCGGCCGUACAAAAAGCAUCUUGAAUCUUACCAGCGUAAAUUCAGCUGGGCAGAUGCUUCGUUCAGUGAUUGCAUUGCCAUUGUAAACAUCUACAAGGUCUGGGAAAGGAAUUGGGCCCAUGGUAUUUUCAAAAGACGUGGCCAGUCAGAAGUGGAAUGGGGAAAAGCAAACUUUGUGCAAAUCAAAAGAAUACAUGAGCUUGCUGAACUUAUCCGGGAGUUAGAGUUCCGACUGACACAGUUCAAUCUUCGUAUUCCAAGCAAGUCGCCAGAAUCGAAGAAAGACCUCAACCAUCCGGAAGAGAAACUUUUGUUCAAGCUGAUCAUCUGUGGUGCCUUUUAUCCAAAUUAUUUCACUCGUGAUAAAAUAGACGAAGAACAAGUGAUGAAGACCAUGUCGGGCAAGGACCCCUUCAAUACCGUUAUGAUAAAUGGUCUGCCAUCCAAUCAAGGUUCCUUGUACAAAUCUCAAAUUGAACAGUUAUUUUAUCCGUGUGGAAACAUUCUUGCUAUACACAUGGAAGAAUCCAAGAUCUUCAUUGAAUUUGCUCGCCAUUACGGCAUGAACCGUGCAUUGAACAAUGUCAUUGGUAUGGGCAACACUGGGGUUGUGAACCCUGCUGUUUAUUUGGCUCUGAAGAUGAAGAAGACAUCCUAUCGAACACUGGAACUGGAGCAAUACUCUCGAGAGACGGCAACAAAACUGAUGAAGCAGGUCUCCCAAGUUCAAAGUAACAUUGCUGGAAAAUUGCAAACGUUGCGAACAAACAGAAUAACAGCAGCCUCUGCGACUGUUGGGAAACAGGUGGACUUACCCAACUAUUCUAUGUCUGUGAUAGAAAUUAUUGUUACUGAAGUUCUGGAAUGUGGACAUUUUUGGGCUCGCUAUGUUGAUCAAGAGAAUUCCCUAUAUUUUGUCCAGUCUAGUCUUAAUAUCAACCCCCAAGACCUUCAGCCUAUUUCUGGAAACGUCCACGUCGGUAUGAUCUGUGCAGCCCCUUACAAGGACGAGGAAGUGCACUACUACAGAGCACAAGUGGAGGCCAUUCAUAACAACAUGGCUCAUGUUUUCUUUGUGGAUUAUGGUAAUAUGGAAAUUGCUCCUUUCCAUAACCUGAAGCUCCUUCCUCAGAGCCUUUUAAAUAUUCCUUUCCAAGCAUUUGAAUGUUAUUUAAGUGAAAUCCAGCCAUCCCCAAUCAAAUGCUUUGAUGGUUGUUGGUCCCAGGAAUCGACUGACUAUUUCCAAAACAUGGUCUCUGGUUUCCCUAUUUAUGCUCAGAUUUAUUCGGUCGUCGGAAGAGUCCUCCAUGUUGAGCUGAUCAAGAAGAAGUCGAAACAGCAAGAAAACAUCAAUCGGAAGCUCAUUGAUCUCGGUUAUGCUGAUGUCACUGAAGAAUCUUUCUUAUCCAAAAAAGAUCAUGAAGAACGGAAGAGAGCCCAGGAAUCUUCGAGUUUGUCCGUUUGUCAAAAUAGCGAUUCAGCAUCGUUAGACUGGAAUACACUUGGUCUUGCUAACGAGUUUGGUUCGGCUCGUUGUGUGGGAAAGAUUAAACUCCACGGUCCAUCGAAUCCUUUAGAAAUGUCCUUCUCAGGAAUGACAAACUCAGGUCGUCUUCGAGGUGCUAAGAUCGACUCAGACAGCGUGAACUGUGUUGCUAUCGACGACAACCCACAGAACUCCUCUGCCAGGAUGAUGGUUGCUGCUUUUGUCCACAUGAAUGCUAACGGCGUGAAUGUCAUCACACGAGACACUACAUUGAUGCCACACAUUGCAGGACUGCCAGCCUUGGUUGCCAUGUUGUUCACACCAUAUUGUGAAUUGAGGACUGAUAAAAACAUGACCUACUACACGGGUGCCAUUUGUGGUUUGGGCUUCGACAGUGAAACUGGAACUGCAGUCUACCCAGAGCACGACAUGGAGAUCGAAUUUGAUUCAAAAAUCGAUCUUGAUGAUAUAUUUAAGAUCAAUGGAAUUCGCCUGGCAAUAAACAUUAUUAUUGGUAACCAACAAACUGCCAGCACUUGGGGCCCUGAGUCUGUGGUGAAGCUACAGGAAUCGGCUCGGAGGAAACUCUUAGAUCUGAUGCAGAAGAGGAGGGAACCAAUUGACCCCGUUCCCUCCUGGAGCCCCUACGAAUGGAACUUGAUUUCACCAUCGGACUAUUUAAAACCGGAUUGCUCCGACAACAACUGGGAACUCCUGUUCAAACUCCACAAAGGCGUUGCCCUUGCAGCUGAGUGUUCGUCCAGCCUGAACGAUGACGAGGAGGAUAACAGCAUCUCCGAACGAGAUAUAAGUGAGCUGGAAAACCACAUCCAAGAGUUGAAAGUCAUAGCUCGGAUGUCGAGCUAUUCGAAUGCGAUUCGCUGCAAGCUGUGUAAGGAGACGUUUCCCUCGCCGAAGCUUCUCAGCAUGCACAUCUCGACGCAGGGGCACCUGAGGAAAGAGGCAAGCAUCUUGGGUGGCGCCAUCUGAAAAAUGUUAACCAUCUUGUCGGAAGGCGGGGGGGGGUUGGGGUGCCGCGGGGCAGACUGUGGCUUCUUUCUUUCUUUCUUUCUUUCUUUCUUUCAUUCUUCUCUCUCUCUCUCUCCCCCUCCCUCUCUCUCUCUUUCUUUCUUUCUUUUUUUUCUUCCUCAGUGGUGGAAGGAACUGUUGCAUCAGCUCUUCUCAAAAUUAUACCCUGAUGUGUGUAUGUAUGUGAUGUGUGUGUGUGUAUAUAAUAUAUAUACACACAUACACACGCAUACAUAUACAUAUAUAUAUACACAUAUACAUACAGACGUAUACACACACACACA